AUGGCUGUCUUCAACCUUAAGGAAACAGACAGAGAUGAGGUCAGGCAGUACCAGACCGGACGCUACAUCAGCAGCAACGAAGCAGUGUGGAGAAUCCUUGGCUUCCCCAUACAUGAACGCCACCCAGCCAUUGAACAUCUUGCAGUUCAUCUGGAGAACGGACAGAGAGUUCACUUCACAGAACGGAAUGCUGCACAGAUGGCACAAGAGCCACCUAAAGACACAACACUCACAGCCUUUUUCAAGCUCUGUCAUGAAGAUGAAUUUGCUCGCAAUCUCUUUUACUGGCAAGUACCACGCUACUAUACCUGGAAUUCCAGUGGCCGGAGGUGGCAAAGGCGAAAAUCAGGUAAAGAGGUCGAGGGUCAUCCAGGCAUCAAGUCUUCUGACGUUCUAGGAAGGGUAUACAGCAUCCAUCCAAACCAGUUUGAGUGCUUUUUCUUGCGCAUGCUUCUCUUCGAGAUCAAGGGUCCGCAGUCAUUUCAACAUCUCCUUACUGUUGCUGGCAAUAUUUGCCCUACUUACAGAGAAGCUUGCAAGAGGAGAGGGUUGCUGGAAGAUGACGCUCACUGGGACAUGACUCUCCAAGAGGCGUCGGGUUCUCAGGUAUCAUGCCAGCUCCGAAGGGUAUUUGCGAUCAUGCUACACAACUGUGACCUUUCUUCCCCUCCAACACUGUGGAUGAAUCAUCUUGAAAGCCUUUCUGAAGACAUCCUCUAUCGUGAUAGACAGCAGAACCGAAACAUGUCCUUCGACUUUGACAGCACCGUCUUCAACCAGGCUCUAAUCUUUAUUGAAGAUGCUGUGAUCUCAUUGGGUGGCAAGGCUCUUGAUGAAUACGGUCUCCCUAAACCAUACAGAAGAAAAGCGAGCAUUCCAAUUGAGAUUAUUUGA